CUCUGGGUCAUAAAUAUAUUAUUUUAAUCUCAGAGCAUAUUGCUCUGAGAUUUUAAUAUUGAUCGAUAAAAUAUCGGUAAUAGAUUAUUUUCAUAGUUCCUACCUAAUUAAAGCGUGAAUUGGAACAGUGUUUUGACAACCGAUCGAACUUGACAUUAGUUUCGUACAGUUUGUUAAAGUGACAAAUGACAGUUUCACCAAAAUCUAUUCCGUUUGUGGGUGUGCUAUCCUAUUGGAAUUUAAAAUAAAUCGAGAAAUCGAAGUUUAUAAAAUCGUUAGUACAAUUUUAGUGACUGAAAAUUUUAAAACAGUAUAAUUAUAGAUCGGCGCUUCUGCUAAUUUUUCACCAACCUGUUAGGUAAGCGAUAAAUUAAUUUAGUUUUAUUAGAUUUUAAAGUGCGACGAAAGGAAUACGAUGUUUAAAGAAAUAUUGCACAUGUGAGCGAUAUUAUUUAUUAUCUGUCAAUGUAUCUGAGAUCUGGUGUUUAUAUGCUAUUUUAUUAUAUGCAUACAAUUUAUCGAAUGUAUUUAGGUGCCAAAAUAUAUCACCUCGACCCUGACUAAUUCAUUAACAUUCUAAGAAUGAUUUUGCGCAGACUGAUGAAUUUCUAAAGUGUAGUGUCUGUUAGAAAGUGUUUUAGUGUGCUAAAUUGUUUCACCUUGUGUAUUAUCUAUUAAUAACAAACAUAAAUGUGACUACUUCAGCUGGUGAUCUGUUUUGUAAUAGAAAAAAGUGUCCUUGACUCAGUGUAUGCAAUAACUGUGAAUGUACUAUUGAUGAAAUAAUACAGAAUUUUUAUAUAAAUAGCUAAUAAUAAAAUAAUUGAAUAAAACAGAUAAACAAUGUGUAACAGAUACACUGAGAAGAAAACCAACAAGGGAGUUUUAUAUUUUCACCAUCUAAAGUGCACAGCUUAUGGCACAUUAAAUUCUUCUAUGAAAGAUAAAGAAUACAUUUAAAUAAAAAAAGAACGCUUCUAAAUUAAUUGUUAGAACUAAAAAUAAUAAUCUUUGGAGGCAAAGUCCACAGAAUAUUUACAGUUAUUUAUAGAAGUAUUUUAUAAAUUCAUGUUAUCAAUAUACAAAACCUUCUAAAAAGUACAAUAAAUGACAUCAAUUAAUAUUUAAAAAGCCAAAAUAUGUAAAUAGUGCAUUCAUAGUGUUGAUUAAUAAAAUAUGUAAACUCAAAUCAUUAAAAUAAUAUAAUGUAAACACUUAAAAGAAGCGCUAAAUACAUCAUCACCUACAUAAAAUCAACAUAAAAACUAUUUAAAUUUGACAUAACUCCCAAAAUGAGCAUAUAAUGCGUUUCUUCUAAAAAUAAUAAUGUAAUUCGUGUAACAAUGUUACUUACUCUAAAGUAUAUUAUAAAUCAAGAAUAUUUAUUUAUUUACUACAAACUACAUUAUGUUUCUUCACAAACCAUAAACUAAAGAAUAAGUAAUACAAUGGUUCUAGUGCGCUAUAUACAUACAAUGGCGUCGUUCGCGGCGCAAGCGGCGCUCCGGUCUCGAUGGAGUUCACUGAUAGAGUCGACCAGUGUGGACGUCCCCGGGGAAGUGACCGAUGGUGUCCGAUCAGUCGUCGGAUGGCUGAAACAGGCAUCAUUAGAAGUAAGGCAAGUGGGCAGGCGUGCGGUCAGUCAGCUAUCUGGCCGAGGUAUGGGGGACGAUGUGGUCAUCAUACACUUUAAUGAUGUGUAUAACAUCGAGCCGACUACUAACAACGAACCAGUGGGAGGUGCCUUAAGAUUUAGUACAGCAGUCAAAGGCCUACAGCACCUCAACCCUUUAGUAUUAUUCAGUGGGGAUGUCUUCUCGCCCAGUAUGCUUAGCACGUUCACAAAGGGAGAACAGAUGGUACCAGUAUUGAACGAAAUCGGCACGCACUGUGCUGUCUUCGGGAAUCACGAUUUUGACUUCGGUCUAGACAUCCUAUCAGGUCUUGUAGCGCAAUGCAGCUUUCCAUGGCUUAUGUCAAACGUUAUAGACAACGAAACAGGCAGGCCGUUGGGCGAUGGCAAGAUAACACACGCGCUCAUAUGCAAUGGCCAUAAGAUUGGCCUUAUCGGGCUGGUUGAACAGGAAUGGCUCGACACAUUAGCAACAAUAAAUCCAGAAGAAGUGACGUUUAUAGAUUUCUUACAAGCGGGAUCGAAGUUGGCGUCACAACUUAAAGAAGAGGGCUGUGAAUACGUGAUAGCGUUAACGCACAUGCGCACGCCGAACGACGUGAAGUUAGCGGAGGGUUGUAACAAAAUUGAUCUCAUUCUGGGCGGCCAUGAUCAUGUGUAUGAAGUUUUGGAGGUAAACAAUAAAUACAUAGUCAAAAGCGGCACAGAUUUCCGUCAGUUCAGUCAAAUCAAUAUAAACUUUGCCGGCGACUGCGCUCGCGUCGAUAUAUCUGAAGUUAAUGUUACGAGUCAAUAUGCUGAGGAUCCAGUGCUGAAGGCCAAAGUGGAGAAAUAUUCAGCAAUGAUAGACGGCAAAAUGGACGAAGUGCUCGGCAAGUUCUGCGUGCCGCUAGAAGGGAGGUUCUCCUGUAUUCGCCGACAAGAGUGCAACCUUGGGAACUGGGUGUGCGACGUGCUGUUGGCUGCUACUGCUGCUGACCUGCUGCUGCUUAACUCGGGGACUUUCCGGUCAGAUCAGGUGCACCCGGCAGGUGAGUUCACGCUCCGGGACCUGUGCAGCAUCAUACCGAUGCGGGACCCGCUGGUGGUGGUGGAGGCGAGCGGGGCCACCGUACUGCAGGUGCUGGAGAACGCCGUCAGCAAGUACCCCAGCUUGGAGGGCAGGUUUCCCCAGGUAGCGGGUGUUUCGUUCGCGUUCGAUCCGUCCAAGCCCCCCGGGCAGCGGGUCGCUGAACAAGUGGUGAAGAUCGGUGAUGAAUACUUGCAGAGGGAACAGAAGUACAGGCUGGGCGUGAAACAGUACUUGCAUGCGGGGAACGAUGGCUUCACCAUGUUGCGGGAUUGCCCGGUUUUGGUAUCAGAAGACAUGUGUCCCGAGGUAGGGAUGGCCAUACAAAAUCAUUUCGCAGCGAUCAACGUACGCACGGGCAAAUCUAGACCGUCUAAGCACAGACAAUCUCUUGUUACACUUAGCCGCAGGCAUAGCUUGGUGAAGAUGUUGGAUGGCAGUGAGCUGGACGGUCCACCUCCCCUUCGAAGGGCCUCUUCAGCAGCCGAGGGUCAGCAUACACACCAUAGAUUAACAAGACGCGCGUCUCUAGAUGACUUGGAGCAAAAUGCUUGCGAUCUCGCGCCUAAAGUGGAAAACAGGAUUAUUAUACUUGAUUCUCCCGGGAAACUACAAGAGUUACUAGACGAAAGAGCGCGCUGGGAGUCCGAUUCCGUCAUCAAAGAAGUCGAAGAUGAAAAUUCACCUUAAACAUAUCGAUUUUGUAUCGAUUAAUAUCGAUUAGUAUCGAUUAUAUUAUCGGUUGUGUAAACAUCGAUUUUUGUUGUAGCAAUGAUUAUGUUUAGCAAGCAAUAUCAAUUAUGAAUUAUUUCAAAUGUGUUUUGUGAAGUAUGGUUGAUCUGAUAGUCAGUUAUUUAGUAGAUAAUAUCGAUUUAAAUCGAUCUAUCGAGUCAAAUAUCGAUUACCGGUAUCGAUUUUGCACCGUUUUUAUGAAGCAAUAUUAUCGUUGUGCUGUUACUGUAUAUUUUAAUAAUACAUAAUACAAGUAAUUUUUUGUUUCUAAAGCAAUAUAAAUGUAAAAAAUGUCGAUUAUUUUCGCGAAAACUAAUCAGUUAUUAUUGUGUUACCAAACAACAUUAUUUAUUUUUUUAUCUUUUAAGUGCCGUAUCGAUAUUUAAUAUCGAUUUAAAAUAAU